GGUCUAAAGGCUACCAUAAACAAUCCGCGUGUCUCCGCAGAGGCCAAACACGAGGCUCAGAACCGCUUGAAAGAGAUGGGUUAUGAAAUGAAGGACCCCGAACAUGAAGACUUUGAUUCGCUCGAAUCCAUCAACCAAAAAAAUCCCGAACGCGUUGCUGCAGGACUGAAAGCGACGGUCCACAAUCCUGCGGUUUCGGAGGAAGCCAAGACCCGAGCUAGGGAGAAGCUCGUUGAGAUG